AUGGCUCCUAGCAUGAUAGUUGCCAUGCUUCUCGAUGAAACGCGACCUGCCUCGGCUAUUGAGGUCUAUCUCGGUCGUUGUCUUGGCUUCGGCCUUCUCACUAUCGCGGUCCUAACCGUUAUGCUCACGGGCUCCAUCCCAUUGACCUCCACAAUCGCGGAGCCUGUCACGGCCGAAGAUGAGGAUCCCAAAGCUCCAUAUGGCCUGCCCACCUUGAUUGUGACAUCUGUGUUCCACUCUGCCUCGGCCUUUUAUGCAUACACCUGGUAUGCCACCGGCGGGCAGGGUGCCUUUGCCACCGCCGUUUUGGCACACUCGGUCCUGGCAGCCAUUGGGCUGUGGUGUGUACUUUUCGCAAGUGGAAAUGGCAAGAUCAGUCGGAGGACUGGUGCAGAUAAGCGCACGACGGGGUUUCCAUUUAGUAACUCGGAGGCAGCUAAGAAGCAUGCGGGCAAAAAGGGAAUUUGA